CACAAGUCUUAUAAACACAGGUGGCGCCUGGGUACUGGACAUUACACUAUCUAGCUGCGUCUAAUCGCAUACUCAGGAUGUGUGAAAAAACGGUACUUCGAUCUCUGGUGGUGGCGGUGGUGGUCGCUUGCGCGGUCGCGAGGCCAGAGCCCCCGUCGUCAUACGGCGCACCAGCCCCGUCAUACAGUGCUCCCUCAUCGUCGUACGGUGCUCCCUCCUCCUCAUACGGUGCUCCCGCGCCUCAGUAUGGUCCUCCCCAACAGCCCAUAGUGCACAAGCACGUGUACGUGCAUGUCCCACCUCCAGACAACGACAUCCCUGCUCCCCGCAAACCCAUCUGGGUGCCUCCUCCUCAGAAACACUACAAAAUUGUGUUCAUUAAGGCGCCAACCCCUCCCACUCCCACCGCUCCUGUCAUCCCUGUGCAGCCACAGAACGAGGAGAAGACCUUGGUCUACGUUUUGGUGAAGAAGCCCGAGGAGCAGCCCGACAUCGUGAUCCCAACUCCAGCACCCACACAGCCAUCCAAACCCGAAGUUUACUUCAUCAGAUACAAGACCCAGAAACAGGAAGGUUACCCUGCCGCGGCCCCCAAGCCCGAGUACGGACCUCCCGCUUCCGCGCCCUCGUCAGAAUACGGUGCUCCCUAAGGAGAUCAUUCGUGACGAUCACAAACCAGCUGACCGUUAGUGCUCGACCUUCUUUUAUAGGCUUACUUUACAAAAAUCUUAGUGACCAUGUUAUUAAAUGACAUGUUUAACUAUAGGUUUAUUGGUUAUAUGUGAUAAUAUAUUUUUAUCUAUUGAACUAGAGACACCAAAGCUGCGUAUAAGAGUCCGCCCUUCUAUAUCACCACACGGAUAUAGUUCGAUGGUGGACUCUGGAUAAUAACGCAUCUGUGACCUUAAUUUUGCUUAAUAGGAUCGUAUCGUAUAUCAUGUUCACUUACUGUUGAGCAGACAUCUGAUUUCAAAUACUCUGACGGCAUUUUCGCAUCGUAUUGUUGUUUCGUUUUAAUAAGAAGCGAUUGUGACGUUUUUAUGAUAUUUUGAGGAUUUAAAGCGCAUUGAGAUUAUUAUAGAUAAAUUAGAUUAAUUACCAUUUUCAUCAAUGCCUUUGCUAUGUAUCAGUUUUAAAUGCGUGUGGGAAUUGAAUAAGAAUAAUAUGUAGACUAGGGAAGUCGGCCGAGCACUGUUGCCAGCAUGCUGGCGUUACGCCGAACUGUACUGCAAC